UGCAAAUAAUAUAUCAAUCAUUGUAGCCAGGAAGUUGUUGCAUUCUGUAAGUUUGCUUGGUUGGCUGAGAGUAAGACGGACAAAAUGAUCGGCGAUAUCUUGAUAUUCGGGACCUUGCUAAUGAAUGCCGGAGCCGUGUUAAAUUUUAAAUUGAAAAAAAGGGAUUCUCAGGGAUUUGGUGAUGAACCUCGCGGACCCACCACAGGUGACAACAUCAGAGAAUUUCUUCUGAGUCUACGUUAUUUCCGGAUCUUUAUUGCCUUGUGGAACAUCUUCAUGAUGUUUUGCAUGAUUUUGUUAUUUGGAUCAUAAGGAACAAGGGGAAGUGUGCAGAGAUCUUUCAAAGAAGAAUCCACAUUAAUGGGUGUUUUGUUAUGGGACAUUUCUGAGUGUUAGCUUGGACAACUGCACCUUUGUUGGAUUUCAUUGGAUUAUGCUUCCUGUAAGAAUAUUUUAAGUGUCAUAGACACAUUUUUCCCUUUUCUCAUUGUUCUUUUUGUGCCAACUUUUUCCCCAGGUGUCUUGGCCUAUUCAGCAAAAGGUUAGAAAUCAUAAAGUGGACCAAAUACUAAUACCCUUGGCACAUCAUAAUGAUCUAUUUACACACAGAGGCCAAUUGAGCCGAGUACCAUGAAACUGAAGAAUGUUGUGUCCUGUUGGGCUUGUCCAUGAUAAUAACAGUGGUACAGUGUGGUGACAUGUAUAUUGCAGGGGUCAAUAUUGCUAUGUUUUACUAUAUUUGGGCAUGCACAUAUUACUACUAUUGCUUUUGUAUGAUGAAAUGCACACUUCCUCUGGUGUAAAAUCAUAAAUUACGGUUUGUAUAUGAAUAGUAUAUUUUCAUUUUUAGUUUUUGUAUCCCUUCCAAAUUGUACCUACUAGUGAAGGUUUGUUCUUAUGUCUUUAUCAUUUUAAAAGCCCUUUUUGUGGGCAAUACAACAGUCAUGGAAAUUUGAAAAAGUCAUGAGGCUAUCAAAAGUUACAGCUUUAAUAAGAAUUGCACUGUAGCUUGUUUGCUGGUACUGGUAACAUGUGAUAGUUAUUUUGGGCUGAUAAUACUAAUUUGACAUUGUUUUAUGAAAGAAUCAAACUGGAUAUAAAUUUUGAACCAAAAGAUACUACUUUAUGCACUCAUAAUUCUUCAGGCAGUCAUGACUAAAUGUUUUUGGGAUAUUGUAAAAUAAAUGUAAUAUUUGCAACAAG